CAGACAACUCACCAUGGAGUUUGCACUUGGCUGGGUUUUCCUUGUUGCUCUUUUAAAAGGUGUCCAGAGUGAGGUGCAGCUGGUGGAGUCUGGGGGAGACCUGGUGAAGCCUGGGGGGUCCCUGAGACUCUCCUGUGCAGCCUCUGGAUUCACCUUCAGUAGUUCCAGCAUGAACUGGGUCCGCCAGGCCCCAGGGAAGGGGCUGCAGUGGGUCGCAUAUAUUAGCUAUGAUGGAAGUAGCACAUACUAUGCAGACUCUGUGAAGGGCCGAUUCACCAUCUCCAGAGACAACGGCAAGAACACACUGUAUCUGCAGAUGAACAGCCUGAGAGCCGAGGACACAGCCGUGUAUUACUGUGCCAGUGACACAGUGAGGAGAGGUCAUUGUGAGCUCAGACACAAACCUCCCUCAUGUCAUAUUUAUUUUCUUACUUCUUGCAACUCCAAUCCGAGGAAUGACUUUAUUGACAUACAGAAACAUGCAAACAAUCCCAAGCCCAAUCGUCAGCUUAAGAAUGGACAUAUUGUGCUCAAUGCCAUUUUGGAAACCUGCCCAUCAUUAACAACUAUGAUUUGUGCUACAAACAGAAACACAGUGGUAAACUCGAGAACAAGCAAAAUCAUCCUGUCCCCAUUACAGGAGGAGUUCCACAUUACUCAUGAUCUUGCCCACUCUGUUCUGCAGGUGGUUCAGGGGAGAAAUAUGUCUUGUGCAGAUGAGCACAGAACAGAUACUGGGGUCACUCUCACCCCAUAUAUGCUCUUGGACACCUUAUAA